AUAAUCGAGAGUCGCUCGUGUGCAGCGGUCGUUCUGUUACAAGUGUUCACGACUGGAUAUGACAUUCUUCCACGCCUCCACCCACUGAUUCAGUGUUGCGCAAGCGAGUGCUUGUGAUCAAUGCCGUGAUUCUGAUUCAACAAUACAUCCGUCGCGUAUCGUGAAUUCGGAUGUCUCCGUUUGAUUUCAGUUCAUCGUUCGUGCCAACCCGGUGUCAGCGAAUGGAUAUCUCGUCAUCAACGGCCCCCUCCUUACAACAACCUACGGAUCUGACCACCGUAAAAAGGUCUCUGCCUUCAUCACCUUCACCGCCGACGGGCGUGUCGCCUUUCCCACCUACUUCGGCUACCGUUGCCCUGCUACAGCAAGCGAUGGUCUCUUCAUUAGCUCGAAUGGCGACUUCUGCCGGUCAAAACGCGGGCAACAUGCUGCCGUUCCCUCUGGCGAACGCAUUCAACCACCAAUACCCACAGCUUCCGUCGUUGCUCCUGCCGUCACCGGCUUCGAUGGCGACUUUGUCGUUGAAACAGAAACCUCAACCCGCCCCGUCGGCAUCGGCACCGCCGACUCACACGUCGUCGAAAGUGUCUUCAUCCGACAACAUUUCGCGGUCCUCGUCGGCGACGACAUCUUCGCCCGCGUCGUCGUCGACUCAUUCGAAACGGAAAUUCGACUUCGCUCGAUUGGCGGAGUCGGCAACCACCCGCGAAGAGAGCUCCCUACAGAGCAAAGAACGGUCGAGUUCGGUGAAACGCCCCCUCCCCAUCCCGGCGAGAACAAAUCCUCACGCGUCGCCCCUGUACCCUCAACCCCCGAGACUCCCAGUUUUCCCAUCAUCUUUCUACCAUCAUUUGCCGCCGACGGCCCGACCGCCAAUGCUCCGGCCACCUCCUCCUCCUAACGCGCCGUUCGCAGCCACACCUGGAACCGGAAUAGGUGGCGUAUUCGACCGGAAACCUCGCGGUCCUCGAACGUCAUCGAAACAAAAAGAAUUCAUCUGUAAAUAUUGCCAAAGACGAUUCACGAAAAGCUACAAUCUGCUCAUCCACGAGAGGACCCACACGGACGAGCGGCCGUAUACCUGCGACAUUUGUCACAAAGCAUUCCGGCGACAAGACCACCUUCGGGAUCAUCGAUACAUUCACUCGAAGGAGAAGCCAUUCAAAUGCACAGAGUGCGGCAAGGGUUUCUGCCAGAGCCGGACCCUCGCUGUGCAUCGGAUACUUCACAUGGACGACAGUCCGCACAAAUGUCCGAAGUGCGGUCGGAGUUUCAAUCAGCGGUCGAAUCUGAAGACGCAUCUUCUCACACAUACGGACAUCAAGCCGUACACGUGCGAAAAGGAACAUUGCGGUAAAGAGUUCCGCAGGAAUUGCGAUCUUAGACGGCACAAUCUCACACACACACUCGGCAUUCCCGAGGGCCCCGAGUUGGACCGAGCGUUCAGUAUGCUGCCCCAAGAAUUUUCGCCUGAGUCCGAGUUUCCUGCGUCGCCGCAACACGAUGUUGAGCUGGACAGUCGUCGUAUGACCGCCGACGACGAUGAAGAUCUCGAUGUUGAGCAUUGAUGAGAGCGUUCCCGGGCUAACGCGUCUCAAUACGAAACUUUCAAUAGAGUAUAGAGCUCACGUUGGAGCGUGACAGAUCGCAUGUACAGACCUACCGAUCGCGGGAGGGGGGUGACGCGGACGAUAAAAGUAUUAAUAAUUAUUAUGUCAAAUACUAGACUGCUAUGCCUCUUGAACAACAAUAUCAAAGUGUGAUUCAGCAGCAGGACGGAGGAGAAACUGGGGAGCGCUCGGAGAAGGAACUUUUUGCAGCCAGCCGGCUCCCUCUGCUUCCUCAACUUCCGAGAGAGUUGGCGCUGGCACGAUCGCCGAAUAAAACACUUGACUUUUCCGUCGGCUGGAUCAGCUGGAGAAACGGAUGAACAAAGUUCAGCUGCUGCAUGUAAAUAGAGUUGUUGUAUAGUUGUAAACUCGAUGGUGUUGACUAUCCUGUUCUUUUCCUAUU